AUGGCGGACAAAAUCGUUGUUGCUUUUGACCUGUACGGCACGUUGCUGUCUACGGAAUCCAUUGCAAAGAAGCUGGAAACCUUCGUCGGCCCCAAGGCAGAGGCUAUCUCCGCGCUCUGGAGACGAUACCAGCUUGAGUACACAUGGAGACUGAACAGCAUGGGAUGCUGGGAGAACUUUACAAACGUCACGCAGAACUCCCUACGCCAUGCCCUCGCGGAACAUGGCGAGCAACUCAGUGCGGGGGACGAGGCGAGCCUGAUGGAAGCCUACAACAACCUGUCUACAUUCCCCGACGUCCAGGUAGCUCUGAACCGAGUGGCAGCCAACUCCGCCAUCUUCCCAGUGAUCUUCUCAAACGGGGACAAUAAAGCGAUAGGCAUCUCGGUGAGGGACUCGGAAGGCCUGGCUGAACACUCCAGCAUCUUUCACCGCGUGAUCUCCGCAGAGGACAUCAAACGAUACAAGCCAUCCCCCGAGACCUACAAGCACCUUGCCGAUACGGUUGGCAAACAGCCGUCGCAAAUGAACCAGAUGUGGCUCAUCAGCGGCAACCCAUUCGACAUUAUAGGAGCGCGCAAUAGUGGCAUGAACGCCAUCUGGGUCGAUCGAGCCAACAAGGGAUGGCAAGAUAGAGCUGUACCAGAUCUACAGCCCACGGCGAUCGUGCACAGCCUGGAGCAGAUCGUAGAGGAGAUCAACCGGGCGUGA